UGUGCAGCCAUUCUUCACCAAAGCGUGAUCCAAAGCUGUAAUUGUGACUUUGUGCUUUUUUUUCAUGCUGUUCCUGUGUGAUGAGGAGAGAGAAGGCGGGGUGGGGGCGUUUAUGCCGAAGCAGAUAAGGGAACGGGUCAUCAGCCACAAUGUUCUCUGUGAAGAUGAAGGCUCUUACCACAAUGUCACUGUGACCACCGCGUUCUUCUUACUCUGAGCCUGAACUCAUCAAUCAUCUAUUUGAAGUCUGCUUACCAGAUGGAACAUUUUAUCAAAAUUGUUGGAGAAAUUCGAUUCCUUAUUGUUGAUUCAUCUAGAUAAUUUACUCUGAGGUCCAAGCCAGCGUUGGAGGACAUGAUGCAGAUGGAUGGACGGCCUGUGUCUUUGUGAGUGCGUUGGAUUUUGUUUAUAAUUCCUUCAACAAUCCAAAAACUGCUGUUGUAGUUCUUCCGGAUGGUCGGACAUCAACACGAUGCCGGAAUUGCAGCUUUUAUAUCCGCCUCGUGACAACCUUCAACCUCCAAGCCUUUACCUGGAUCUGCUCCAGAGGCGUACCAUGGAAGACCAGGUGGACCUGUGGUGGUUCAAAGACCCACGGCACUCCCUCAUGUGUUACUGUGCUUCAGUCGCCCUCAUAUUAGGUCUGGGCCUGGGUGGCGUCUGCCUCCUCUCCACUAUCACCACCAGUAUCUCCAACGAGUGGCGCCUGGGGGUGGGCACCACGUUAUGUCUUCUCUCAUUGGCUGUUCUGCUCAAACAGCUUCUUAGCUCCGCUAUACAGGAUAUGAACUGCGUGCACAGUCGGCGACAAAUCGAGCAGCUGAAGAGCGGCGGACAGGCCGACCCGGCACUGAUUUUGGUUGUGGGUGUGGCGGUGAUACUGUGUGGGACGGUUCUUCUCUGUGUGACCACAAUCAGUAACAAAGGUGAGGACAGUGUGGAAAUGCUGGUUUCAGGUCUGGUGCUGAUGGCCGCUGGACUCGGUAUGGCUCUGGCUGUGGUGGGGUAUGGUGUGCUGGUCUACUUUAAGAGAAGAAGGGAGCAAACCAGGAGGAUGAGAGCUAUUCGUGCGAGGAGACUAGGAGGUGGGUCUAUGCGUGUCUUCUGCGUUUCGGGAGGACAGUUGAACCAGGCGAGGAGAGAGACCGUCUCCAGCAGAACCAGCAUGAUCUAACCCUUGAAGGUGGCACGCUGUUCCAGAAAAUGAUUUGUUCACACUUGGAGCUAAUUUUCCAUUUGGCAAACAAUUGAUUGUUCCAGGAAUCAUAUUGUUACAAUUUUCUUGUAAUUCUUUGAUCUGUUUAACUUCAAAUAACUUUCAAAUACUACCUUAGUAUAUUGCUAGUCAAUCCAAUACAAGCACUGAAGUUGUGUUCAAACUUUGUGUUCAAAGUUUUAAAAAAAAAACUUAAACUGUAUUAUGGAAAGCAGGAAGUGAACAAAUGUAACAAUUACUGAUUGUAAAAGUACCAGAUACCACUUAUAUGCUAGGACUACGUUAAAAAGCCAUAGCAUUUCAGUAUGUGGAAUCAAACUAUGGAAUGGAUUGAGUAAGACCCUCAAACAAUGCACAACGAUGAGCCAAUUCAAGAAACAAUACAAGCAGUUGAUGUUUCCUAAAUACAAGGAUGAAGAGUCUUGAACCAGUCAUGAUGUGCUAUACAUAUCACUAUAUUGACACUUACUAUGGUACCCAUUAUGUCAUUGGAUGGUCAUAUCACCUCGUACUUCAGUAUGAGGUACAUUAUUUAAAAAAAAAAAUUAUGGAAAGCAGGAAGUGAACAAAUGAAACAGUUACUGAUUGUAAAAGUACCAGAUGGAAGGGAUUUAAUAAGCUUUGCUUCUUCCUACUCCUUUUGGACAUGUGGAACUGUGAACUGAUUAUGUGAUGCAUUCAAUUGUAAUCUGAUGCAUGUUCAAAUGAAAUAAAACCAUUAACAUUACCAUUACAUUACCAAAAAAUGUUUAUUUUAAUAAUAUUUUGUUCAUGUUUUGCAUGUACUGUACACUCAUGUAUAAGCAAUGUCUUUCAAUUGUAAUUGUUCAUAUC